AUUUCCUUUCCAAUGGCAAACCACUCUCCAUAUUUUUUAUCAGCGUUGAUAAUGUGACCGUUAACACUUUCUUUUCUUUCUUCAACUACUUAAAAACUCACUGAUCCAGUAAACUCACUAUGGCUUCGAUUCUCAAGCCACCACCGCCCUACUUUAUCCCUAUCUCCUUCGCUUCCUCCUUAGUUGUCUUAUCUUCUCCGUUGCACCAAACGACGUCGCUCCGAGUUCGGUUUUGCUCUUUGAGGACCGGCCCCGACGGCGGGAGAAUCGAGAGCCAGGAAUCUUACGGCGCUGAUUUGUUAAGGAAGCCGGGUAUAUUGCCAGCGAAGGACAGUGAUGGAAUUGCGGAAGAAGAGGAGGGUAGUGAGGGAAAAAGAAAUAGAGGCGAAUGGAAUGAUUGGGAAGACAAGAUUUUAGAGGACACUGUUCCUCUCGUUGGCUUUGUUAGAACGGUUCUUCAUUCUGGAAAAUAUAGAAGUGGAGAUAGAUUGAGUCCAGAGCACGAAAAGGCGAUUCUUGAGAGGUUGCUACCGUACCAUCCGGAGUCUGAGAAGAAAAUUGGAUGUGGAGUUGAUUACAUUACUGUUGGUUACCAUCCUGACUUUGUAGACUCAAGAUGUCUGUUCAUAGUUCGAAAAGAUGGAGAAAUGGUUGACUUUUCUUACAGGAAAUGCAUCAAUGGCCUGAUAAGAAAAAACUAUCCUCUAUAUGCAGACAGCUUCAUUCUCAAACAUUUCCGACGGCGUAGACGGGUUUCCUGAGGUUAAUGCUCGAAACUUGUCAACCACUUUAUAUUAUUAAGGAUCUUUUGAAUUUUAUUCUUAUUGUUUGUAAUAUGUCAUAAUUAUGAGCUCAAUUAACAUUGUAGAAAUUAAAGGCAAUUACUGAAAAUUCUUAAAUGCUGGAUGUAGUUUAUAGAAAAACAUAUUCCUAAAAGAUUGUACUGAGUUCUGCUGAAUGGUUUGACUGGUAACUGGUCUAAGGCCAAAUGUGCAUAUAUCCUUAAAUCACGGUUCCUCUGUCAAGGAGUAGGAUUUCACUAGUUUUCUAUAUUGCUCUGCUACUGCUCUCUCUCUCAACAAACAUCAAGCACACCCACAUGCAUAAAUGCUGCUUUGGCUACCAAACUGCAUUAACUCUUCGCAUCUUACGUGACUGUAACAGAGAGUAGUAGUCAUGCUUUAUCGUUUAAGUCAAGAAGUCGAUCAUUUCUUCGUGAGGAAGUGUCAGUUGUUUGUUUGUUAGAGCUCACUCAUUCAUUCUCUUAAUGGAAGACAGAUGUCAGUAUAUAUAUGUGCACUGUUUACUUUUUUCCCCCUAAUAAUUGAAGACAGAUGUCAGUUGCCUUGGCCGUUAAGUAACUAACACAAAUAGUGAAUUGCAUAUCUGUGCCAUUU